ACUGCGAGGAAAGCUAUAUUCUCAGAAGUCAUGGGUGACGAACGACAUAGCUGUGUCCGCACGUACGGGUUAGGUCCCUCUCCUUCCGAUAUAUGGGGCACAACAUCCCACAGUGUCCAGUCCCAAGGGAUGACCUCCGAUGCUCAGAAGAUAGAUGAACAAUAUGAGGAAUUGCAUCCUGAAAUAUCUUCCCUAAGAGAAACUAUGGCUGAUAGAGAUGCUCAAAUAUCUUCACUAAGAGAAACUAUGGCUAAUAGAGAUGUUCAAAUAUCUUCACUGAGAGAAACUAUGACAACAUUGAUGGCUGCCAUAACGAAUCCAAGCAUUAAUCUAGCUACAUUAUUAGGUGUUUCAGCUAAUCCCAACUUGAACCAACCCUCCUCAUCAUCAAGCCACUUGGUUCCAACCCCUCAGAGAGACUUGGCGAAUAAGGGGAAUUCUACAAGCUGCACUAAUGUGACUCAAGUUCUUCUUAAGAGUAUUGUAAGGCAUGGGGAUACUGUAGCUAAAGGAACUGUUUUGAGCACGGAUCCAUUGACAAAAGUAGGGGAGCAAAAACUUGGAGUUGGUUUCUGGGAAGUAUCUGUUCAAGUGGCAAUGGUACGUGAUGAGGAUUUGAUAAGGACCCAUGGACGAUAUAAAACAAUUGGGGAUGCAAUUGGAACGAGUAUUGCUUGGCCCACUACUUUAUGUAUGGUUGCAGACAGAAAUGGAUGAUGACUACAUGAGAGAAGUUUUUAUUAAGUAUUUGGAACUGUAAACAUCUUUUGUAAGGGGGGGUAGUAGGGAUCUGUGGUUUCAAACUUUUGGAUUGAGUUAGACACAUCUAAACAGUUUAUUUUUAUCUUAGUUUAAUUAUA